CUCACAACCGACCGGCUAAAAACCCAAACAUUAAAACUAGGACACCGGUGCGGUCGAGCUAAAAACACACGCAGACAGGUUUCUUUGCAGCCAGAGUAGGCUGCUGGGAGCAGGCGUGAGGCACGGGCUUCCCUGGCGCCCACACCUAAAGAUGCCCCGGACCGCAGCAUCACCUGGGCGGCCGCUCUAGCUCGGUUCCGGGUUCGCGCACCUCGGUGGUGGCGUCGGAGGAACUGAAGACCGGUCUGUUGACCCGUUUCCGGGCCCUUCUCGUGCGGUCUGAGCCCGGUCCUCGGGAGACUGUGGGUGGAGGGGCCUAGGCCUGCGUGUCGGAGCCAGCCGCCAGCCUGCUCCCGCCGCCCGCAGAUCUGUUUGAUUUGAGGAGGAACUUCAGUACUGAUUCACUGCAAGAGGGAUGGGAUCAGAGAACAGUGCUUUAAAGAGCUAUACACUGAGAGAAUCGCCAUUUACCUUGCCCUCUGGACUUGCUGUUUAUCCCGCCAUACUGCAAGAUGGAAAAUGCGCCUCAGUGUUCGUAUAUAAGAGAGAGAACGAAGACAAGGUUAACAAAGCCGCCAAGCACUUAAAGACCCUUCGUCACCCUUGCUUGCUAAGGUUUUUAUCUUGUACUGUGGAAGCAGAUGGCAUUCAUCUCGUCACUGAGAGAGUGCAGCCUUUGGAAGUGGCGUUGGAAACCCUGUCUCCUGCAGAAGUCUGUGCUGGAAUCUAUGACAUAUUGCUGGCUCUUAUCUUCCUUCAUGACAGAGGACAUCUGACACACAACAAUGUCUGCUUAUCAUCUGUUUUUGUGAGUGAAGAUGGGCACUGGAAGCUUGGAGGCAUGGAAACAGUGUGCAAAGUUGCUCAGGCCACACCAGAGUUUCUCCGAAGUAUCCAGGCAGUAAGAGACCCAGCAUCUAUUCCUCCUGAGGAGAUGUCUCCAGAAUUUGAAGCCCUUCCAGAGUCCCAUGGACAUGCCCGGGAUGCCUAUUCCUUCGGAACUUUGGUGGACAGCUUGCUCCCCAUCUUGAAUGAGCAGGUUUCAGCGGAUGUUCUCUCCAGCUUCCUACAGACCUUGCACUCAGCUCUGCUGAAUCCCAUGCCAAAGUGUCGGCCAGCGCUCAGUACCUUACUGUCCCAUGAUUUCUUCAGAAAUGAUUUUCUAGAAGUUGUGAAUUUCUUGAGAAGCUUGACAUUAAAGAGUGAAGAUGAAAAAACUGAAUUUUUCAAAUUUCUGCUGGACAGAGUGAGCUGCUUGUCAGAAGAAUUAAUAGCUUCAAGAUUGGUGCCUCUCUUGCUUAACCAGUUGGUGUUUGCUGAGCCAGUGGCGGUUAAGAGUUUCCUUCCCUAUCUCCUUGGCCCUAAAAAAGAGAAUGCAGGAGAGACUCCUUGCUUGCUCUCGCCAGCACUGUUCCAGUCACGGGUGAUCCCUGUGCUUCUCCAGCUGUUCGAGGUCCAUGAGGAGCAUGUGAGGAUGGUGUUACUGUCCCACAUCGAAGCCUACGUGGAGCACUUCACCCAGGAACAGCUGAAGAAAGUCAUCUUGCCACAGGUAUUACUGGGCCUUCGUGAUACCAGCAAUUCCAUUGUGGCAAUUACUCUUCGUAGCCUGGCGGUGCUGGUAUCUCUGCUUGGACCAGAAGUGGUUGUGGGAGGAGAAAGAACCAAGAUCUUUAAGCGCACUGCUCCAAGUUUUACCAAAACUAGUGACCUUUCCCCUGAAGGUUCUCCCAUGCAUGUUGUGUGCAGCCAGCAGAGUCAGAUCUCACAAGUCUUGGAGAACCCCUCUUCUAACGCAUUCCCUAAAUGGCUGUUUUCUGGCAACAUGCCCAUCAACAGCAAGAAGCACAUACAGGAAGAGUGUUACAGUACUCUUUUACAAACAGGUGAUCAGUUUUCUCAUUCUAUUAAACUCCCUAUGAAUGGAAUCUCAGAUGUGAAAAACACUUCAGAGGACAAUGGAAACUUCCCAGCAGGUUCUAGUAGUAAGCCCGAGGAGUGGCCUGACUGGAGUGAGCCUGAGGAGCCUGAGCACCAAACUGCCACUAUUCAGAUACGGCCCCAAGAACCUUGUGAUGUAGCAGAGUCCCGGCACACGAAUCUGAACACAGAGGAGUCCUGGGACGACUGUGAGUCUAGCUUUGGUACUGAAGUAAACACAGUGGCUGGAACCUCUGCUGCCAUGUCUGUUACCUCAGGGGAGCAGAAGCCUACUGCAGCUUUGCUUCCUCUCACUCAGGAGUCUAAGCCUUUGAAAUCUAGUCCUUCCUCAAAGACCAGUCAUAUACAGCGUGGGGAAGUCAAACCACUAGAUGGAGCCCAAGAACGACCACUUAAGGUUCGGUCAGAACUUGGUUUAGGAGAAGAGUUUACCAUACAAGUCAAAAAGAAGCCAGUACAAGAUCCUGAGUUGGACUGGUUUGCAGAUAUGAUCCCAGAAAUUAAGCCUUCGGGUACUUUGCUUAUUUUCCCUGAACUGAGGACAGAAGUGAUGGUCCCCGACAAGGAUAACAUCUCACCAGUGAUGCAGUUUUCCUCAAAAUUUGCUGCAACAGAAAUGACUGAGGGAGAGGCAAAAGGCUGGGAAGAAGGAGAAGAGCUGAGCUGGGAAGAUAACAACUGGUGACUAUGAGGAAGAGCUUAAACUUCAGGAAUAAUUCUAAAGAAAAGAAGUAAUACCUCAGAGCAAGCUGCAUGGAUGUAAACCCCAAAGCAGCUUGUGUUCCCCGUACCAGAAGCUCUUUUUGCAGUCUGUGCCAACUCAAGCUGAGACCAACCUCCAGUUGCUGACUAAGCCCUAGGUGGCAGAAAGCUCAGUGCCGGAUUCUAGGAAGAAGAGCCUGUGUGCACUUGACCGAGGCCAGUUCCCAUGCAAAGUAGCUAAGAAGUGCUUUUUCCAGGACAGUUCUGGAAGUAAAGAAAAUAAAAAAUUCAAGCUGGUGAGCUUAAUUUUGUGCCAUUUCUUUAAAAGUAAAAGAGUAAAAAGCUCUAUUGUGAAAUAAUAACUUACUGAAAAAAGAUUCUAGCUGUAAAUUAUAACUUCAAACUGCUAAGGUUCUUUAAGCAGCUUAUUUAUUUGUUUACAGUUGAUCAUCUGAGUAAAAGAAGGUCCCUCCUUUGGACCUGGGCAGUUACUGUUUUACCUGUAUUACACUGUACCAAAGUUCUCAAUGAGAAAUACCCCCCAUCUUGUUCUCUAUGUCAAAUAAAGAUUAUUUUCACAUUUAUAAAAGUUUUAUAUGUGCAAUGAAAAUGUACAAACAUAAUUUACAUUCGUAAUUUCAUUUACAAAACAGCCAGGCAAGGCAGCUGAUGAAGACUCAGUCAAACCCAGUUCUGUCGACUAAGAGAGUCCGUUCAUAUACCCUCAGGUACACAGCAUUUUAGCUUCUCAAUCUUUUCUUGCAGUGCCUCCAGUUCCACUACCAGCCAGUCUGGAGCGGGGGCCUGCUGGAGUAACAUCUCCGUUGUCUCCAAAGCCCCUGCUGCUGCCUGAAAUGCUAACCUAUACUCUUCUUCGAAGGGCAACUCCUGCCGGGCUCUUUUUGUACAAGGCUGGAAAAUAAGGAAAGCAUGAAACCAGUAAUGCCAUAAUACUCAUUCUAGAAAUAAUUCAAGAGAAAUUGUAAUCCUGGCAUCACAAAGGGUGCCCUCCCCAUCGUAAUACCUAAUCCUAAUUGUGUGUGGCAGUCCAGGAGAACUCUCCUAUGCUAGGUCCCCAGUGACAAAUGCUGUCUUGCCCAACAACUAUCAAUGAGUAUUCUUUAAAAACACCAUUAAGAGAAAUAAAAUGUGAAUUUUCUAAUAUUAAGUUUGUAAAUGAUGAGAACUAGUUUUCAACAUGCUUUUGGGGCCAGCUGAGGAAAACUAAGGCUCAAGACAUCUUGCACAGGGAGGAGCAAGAGGGACUGAGACCCAGACAUAUCUAAUAAUCAGUUUUCCAAAGGAGUGUCACAAUUUAAAUUCACAGGGCUUAUGAACAUAACUGAUUUAUAUUGAACUUUAAAUAUUUCAGGCUUACAGCUACAUCUUAAAAGAAAAAACAAACAAACAAACAAAAAACCAAAUUACUAUUGCCUGAAAUUCCAAAUUAUAUUAUACUUGUGUUAAAAACACAAUUUUGAAUUAUGUAGUAGUGUCAAAUUUCUACCAUUCAAUAGAUACAUGUAAUAAUAGAGAAAGGUAAUUAUGAGGCUGGCUUGAUGAGGAGACAAGAGAUGAACUAAACGUGCUGAUUGAUAUCUGUGAGUCAGAAAAUGCAUUUAUGUCAUCAUUGGUACAAUAUGUAACUUCCAAUAAUAAAGAAUAUAUUUGGUAUAAUGUUUACAACUA